GCGAGUAAGUCUUCAGUCGCUUGGUCCUGGAAAAAGGCUUCGCUUUAAUAUUCGUUUUCAUUUCCUUUUCUAUUUAAAAAUUCGAAUAUGCAUGUGAAAUUUUUACUUGUCGCAAUGUUGUUCGCGUUCGUGGCGUGGAAACCAGCAGAAAGUGCCACUGCCGAACAAAUGGACAAAAUGGCAAGGAGUCUUCGCAGGUCUUGUUUGCAAAAAAUCGAUAUAUCAGAAGAUAAAGUGGAGGGGAUGCGAAGAGGUGAAUUUCCAGAAGAUCCAAAUCUGAAGUGCUAUACGAAUUGCAUUAUGAAAUUAGUUCGAACCUUUAAAAAUGGCAAUAUCGAUUUUGCUAUGGUGAUCAAACAAGUAGAACUUUCGAUGACGCCGGAAGAAGCAGCCGUAAUGAAGGAAGCCAUACUGAAAUGUAGUCAUAUGGAAUACACCGGUGAUGAAUGCCAGAAAUCAUACACGUUCGUAAAAUGCACCUACGACACGAAUCCGGCAAAGUUUUUCUUUCCUAUUUGGUACAAGUCAAACAGGAUGAAGGGGGUCGGCGUUUGCCUGCUGGUCUCGUUGAUGCUUGUCUUGCUGGCGAUCAAAGAUACAGAGAGCAAAAAGAUGAACCUCGACGAACUGAAGAAGUCCAUCAAGAACUUGAGGAAGCCUUGCAGCAAGAAGAACGACACCCCUAAAGAGCUUCUAGACGGUCAACAUAACGGUGAAUUCCCAAAAGACGAGAAGUUGAUGUGCUAUAUGAAAUGCGUCCUGACACAAACUAAAGCUAUGAAGGGCGACGAAAUCAUGUGGGAUUUCUUUGUGAAGAACGCUCGUGUUAUGAUCCUCGACGAAUAUUUUCCACGCAUUACACAUUUAGUCGAAACGUGUAAAAACGAAGUGACGGCUACGGACGGGUGCGAAGCUGCAUGGCAAUUUAGCAUAUGCACCUAUGCAACAGAUUCGGAGCUUUAUAUAAUACCGUGAACAACUCGUUAAUGGCGGACUCACAAGAUCAUCGAAGAACCAAGAGAAAUUUCCAAUCGCAAUCACCUCGACAUCGUCAUCUCCGUUAUCGUCGUCGUAGUAGUCGAAACGUAGCAGUGUGU